AUGGCUACCGGAGAAAUCACCACUCUCCCCCCUUCCUCCGACGACAGCGGCGGUCUCACUCCAGGGACCUUCAAAGACCCCAAGCGACUGUACUGCAAGAACGGAGGCUACUUUUUGAGGAUAAGAUCGGACGGAGUCGUAGAUGGGAUUCGGGAGAAGCGUGACCCUCACAUAAAGCUUCAGCUGCAGGCGACCUCUGUGGGGGAGGUGGUCAUCAAGGGGCUCUAUGCAAACCGCUUUCUGGCCAUGAACCGAGACGGACGACUGUUUGGAACGAGACGCGCCACAGAGGAGUGCUACUUCUUCGAGCGACUGGAGGGGAACAACUACAACACAUACCGCUCAAAGAAGUACCCUCACAUGUACGUGGCCCUCAAGAGGUCUGGGCACCACAAGUCUGGAAACAAGACCAGCCCAGGACAGAAGGCCAUCCUCUUCCUGCCCAUGUCGGCCAAGAGCUAA